AUGGUCUACUUGGUUAAUCUUUCCGAAAAAGACUACAUUAGAAAGAAAAACAAAUGGUUGAUAAAAACUAAAGAGUGGGUGCACAAGUAUGACCCAGGUGCCUUGGUCAUUCCUUUUACUGGGGCCUUGGAACUCAGGUUGCAAGAAUUGAGUGCUGAGGAGAGACAGAAGUAUCUGGAAGUGAACAUGACACAAAGUGCUUUGCCAAAGAUCAUUAAAGCUGGGUUUGCAGCACUCCAACUAGAAUACUUUUUCACUGUAGGCCCAGAUGAAGUGUGUGCAUGGACCAUCAGGAAAGGGACGAAGGCUCCUCAAGCUACAGGAAAGAUUCACACAGGUUUUGAAAAAGGAUUCAUUAAGGCUGAAGUAAUGAAAUAUUAA